UAACCUAAUAUACAACUCAUUUGGGAGAAAUCCAUCGCAUUCUAAGAUAGCCCUGCCGAGCAAACGGAGGUUUGUUUUGUAAUCAUCCCGAGGCGUGACGGAUAAAUCCUGAUCGAUCCGGUUCAAAAAGCGUCCCUACCCUGCUUUGCCACCUGCGGCAGUCAAGAGCCUCAAUUGUUGCUAUGCGCAGCCUGGAUCGCGUGCGUAUAUAAACUCAGCAAUGCGCUUCAAAAAGACUCACUUGGAUGGAGGAGACCUGGUCAACACCACUCAAACCUCCUUGUUUGUAAAAAAGAAAAUACUAUUUGUGUAAUUAUUCUCAUGAUUGGGCAACGCUGCAGCCAUUGGAGGCGCCUUGGUGAAAUUGAUAACGUUUGGGAAGCAGUAAAGUAUCUCACAGAAGAGACACACUGGUGUUCAUUAUUUAUAGUGACGAGUCCAUGGGCUGGUGACAUACUCUCAAGAUUUGGAACUGUAACAUUGAAGAAAGAAAGAUUAUAAGUUUUCGGUUCAUGAGGAGCUCUGAAGGUGAUGCUCCACAUCCCAGAGGAGAAGACCGAUAGGUCAACAGUGCAAGGUAAGGGUCUGAUUUUGUCUCUGCAGCCUUUUUUAGAAGUCUUUUAACGAUUUCUACUCCUUUCUCUGCCUUACCAUUCGCCUUUGGACGGAGAGGGCUCGAUGUAGUGUGUUGGAACCCAUACUCCUCUGCAAACAAUUGAAACUCUUCUCUCGUCUCUGUGUGUGUGUCUGUGUCACAGUGGUCGGACUGAUUUUCUGUGUUUCCAGCAACAUCAGCUAGCACCAGUUUCAGUCACAGGUCCAGAGACAGAGGCAACGGACUGGUCAGUUGUUCCUGUCCUUCCAUUGUCAGUGGAUUCCACUCUAGGGAGUACAGUGAAAGGUCCGCCAUGAUGUUUCUGGUUCAGGGGACUCCCUAUCAACGCUUCUGCACCAUCAUUGUAUUGUGUUCACUUGCUGUUUUCUUUGCGUACAACAGCGUCAACAUCAACUCGAAUUAUGACAUCUUCAAAGUUCUUCGCCCUCCGGGCAUCUCUGAAGGGGUCAACGGAAAUGACUCAGAGGUCCAAGUUUUUGAGGAGCAAAUAAGGCAGGAGAUGAGGAAUCUCACGGCGGUGCCCACUGAUAGGACGAUAAUAUUGAUCUGGUUUUGGCCAUUCAAUUACAAAUUUAGCCCCGAAUGCAUUGGAUCUGAUUUGAGCGGACUACACUUUACCGACAACAGGUCCCUGUAUAACCAGGCUCACCUGGUCUUCUUCCAUCACAGGGAUAUCCGGACUGAUCUUUCCAACAUGCCCAAGGAGCCACGACCAUGGUUUCAGAAAUGGGUGUGGAUGAACAAAGAGUCCCCUGCUAGUUGCCAUCGAAUACCUCAGGCCACUAGCCUGUUCAAUUUAACAAACAACUACAGGCUGGAUUCGACGGUGCCAGGACGAUACGGAGAAAUAACUCAACGCAAAACCGCCAAGGAUGAUUUUAAAUUACCAGCUAAGGACAAACUGGUAUGUUGGAUUGUUAGUAACUGGAACCAAAAUCACAAAAGAGUCAAUUUCUACAAUGAACUAAAAAAGCAUAUCCAUAUUCAUACUUAUGGGGCCGUAUUUGGAAUGAAAGUUAGCAGAGAUGAGGCAGUCCAGUUAAUUACUAGCUGUAAGUUCUACCUGUCCUUUGAGAACUCUAUCUUUAAAGACUACAUCACAGAGAAGGUAUACAAUCCCCUGUCAAUGGGAACAGUGCCAGUUGUUCUUGGUCCUUCUAGAAAUAAUUAUGAGGAGCACAUUCCUGGUAGUUCAUUCAUCCACAUCGAGGACUUUGAUACCCCAAAGAAGCUUGCUGACAGACUACACUACCUCGACCAGAAUCAAGAAGAGUACAUGAGUUAUUUUCUCUGGAGACGGGAAUUUGUGGCCAAAAAUGGAGGUUGGGGCAUGGAUGUUUGCCAUGUAUACAAAUAUAUGAAAAACGCCCCUGGAUUCCAAACAAUUAACGAUCUAAACAAAUGGUUCUGGGGUUAAGAAAAAAGGGUUAGGGCUAGGUAUGCAUUUUUGGAUAAACCUUUGGGUAAUAUUUUGCCACCUUUGGGUGCAGUACCAUGAUUGGGUAUAUUAGUUGUUGGGUGUAUUGGUAUCCACCUAAUAAUCGUCAUAUGUUUUUUUCUACAAUAAAAAACUGGUCACAUAAGAAAAAUGGGCUAACUGCUCCAAUUUUAUUGGCCAAUAUUUCUGAAACGGAACUAAGUAAAACAAAUUCUGUUCGUUUUUUGUGAGGCUUGGUUUUAAGAUUUUAUGUGGUGAUUUUGGUGAAUUUUAGAUUAUUUUUGUAGCCUCUGAAUCUUUUUAUCAUGUUUAACUUUGAUAUGAAAUUGUGGGAAAAUUAUAAAUUUUUAGGGCAUAAGACCCGGGUUUUAUAAACGCGUCUGAUUC